AUGGCAUUGUCACGUAAAAGAAUGCGCUCCACGACGCUUCAGGGGCCCGCUUCUUUAAAGAAGCGUCAAUGUGUACUUUCGGACAUAUCAUCGGUCGCGCUCCCACGGUCCACUCUUUUGUUGACGAAAACCAACAAACUACGUAAUACGAAAAAACAAGGGAGCAGUGAUAGUCGCAGCUAUAGUAGCAGCGAAGACCUUGAUUCCAACUGUGUGCGUGUGCGUGAAGUUGAAAACCAGUUCAACCCGGAAUACUAUGGCGGUUGUAAAGGUAGCAUUUACGCACGAACGCCAAAGUUGGAACCAAAACUACUGGAAACCGUUUCUAGGUAUUCAGAUUCAGGAUCAUUAAAUAUAGAAAAAGACAAAGAGCAGUUCGCAGCUCACGCCUCGCCACUUGACAGCAAUUACAGUUUCAAUUUUAAGAGGUCUAUACCAAGACAUUCGUCGUUUUCCAUUUCAGGCACGCGACAGAGGCAGGUUCCCAGGUCCGACGUCAUUGCGAGAAGCCGUUGCUUUGACUACAUCUUGCAAUCAAUAGACGAGGUGUGGGGGCGUUACUGCAACACAACUUGCACAGCGGAAAACGAAGUUUAUGAAAGGUUAGGCAACAGUAUUAAUGGCUCCGUUACGAUAUCCGGAAGUCCAAACUCUUCUUUUUUCCAAGCUGCAGGUAAUCACAAUGGUAUAGAACACCGUGAAAGGGAGCUCUCGGAUUACGACUUGAGCGAUUCCGGAUAUAAGUCUGAGAUAACAAAUCCAACAGAGUACGAAACCGAUUGUGACUAUCGAAAAGUCUCUAAAUUGCCGCAAUCUAUGCAAUUACAAUCGUUAAAAAAUAGGUUGGUCAGGGCAAAAAAUGAUCUUGAAAAUAGCUAUGACACCACUGAUUGGAAUGACUGUGUGUAUUUUUGGAGGCGCUGGGAUAUGAUAAAAUAUAGCGCGGUAGAGAUGAUGGAGGAAGAUGAUGACGACGACCUAAUAGAGUCGGUUAUUGAUGAACUUGAAGAAGGUCGCUGCUACAACGACGCAUAA